CAAAUUGUUUGACACUUCAGAAUAGUGAAGAACAGAAGAUUGCAUGACAACCACAACUAUAUUUUGACUUCAGCACAACAAUAUUUGUUGUGAAAACUUUAAUUUAUUUAUUUUAUUAUUAUUAUUCCAUUUAUUUCAUAGAAGAUAUGGAUCCACUAACAACCACAGAUUAUGAUAGCACGCCGAGCAAGAAAUUCGGCGAAAUAUAUUGCAAUUACAUGGGAGUGCUUAAGUUUAAUUGUGUUCUCUGUCCCAAACAAAUGGAUCACAGCGAAGAGUUCAUUCUGCAUUAUAUGAUACACUUUCGAGAUGUGUUUGAGAUCAAACAAGAAUUAUUGCAAGACGACCAACACAUGUUUGAACCAAAUGUUGGGAUCGCCGAACCAGUGGAACUUGUCUGCACAAAAGAAAUCAAAUUGGAAGAACCUCGCACGUCGAUCAGCGAGGAAAUCAAACCGGAACCCAGGUACUCCGAAGAUACCGGUUCCGACCAUUCGUUUAGUGACGUUGAAUCAACGCAUUCGUCAAAGUUGAAGCUAAUUCAGCCGAGGAAAUGUGGCAUUUGUGGACAGACAUUUGUUGUGAGAAAGAUGCUCAAAUAUCACAUUCGCAUCCAUCAAGCCGGUCCGACGCCGAAAUACUAUCAAUGUGAUGUUUGCGGGCGCAGAGUGAACCAAAAGAAAAAUCUACUGACCCACAUCCGACGAAGACACGGUCAGAAAGUGAAAUGUGAAAUAUGUGGGAAAAUGCUGCGUCAACACUAUAUGGUUGCCCAUGUUCGUCGGCAUAACAAUGAGCGAAAUUUUAAGUGCGUGUUAUGUGACAAAGCUUUCGUUAUGGCCGGUGAAUUAACAUCACAUUUGAAAUCGCACUACACUGCCCCACCAGAGAAAUUACCGAGCUCGAAAAAGUUCGUUGAACCGAAAACUUGUACUGUCUGUGGUCAACGGUUUAUCGGAAUCAGUGCAUACGAGCGACACAUUCAAAGUCAUGGAACCACACCAUCGCUGUACGAAUGUGAUAUAUGUGGCGGGAAGGUGAAGGAGAAAAAGAAUCUGCGAUCGCACAUGUUGACUUUGCAUUCUGGAUUGCCAAAAGUGAAGGUGCCCUGCACUAUUUGCGGCAAGGUGUUCACUCGGAAAUAUCUGAAUUUACAUGUCAGGAAGCACAAUCUGCUGGACCGAAAACCUAGUCAUAUGUGCCCUAUUUGCGGCAAAACGUUCCUUGUUAGCGGUGACCUUUCCGCCCAUAUUCGUCAGCAUAACAAAGUUGUGGAAACUGCUCCCUGUCAGGUGUGCGGUAAGGUAUUUGCCAUUCCGGGUCCUCUAACCGAUCAUAUGCGUGUUCAUACCGGCGAAAGACCAUUCCCAUGUCAAAUUUGCGGCACACGUUUCCGGACAAAGAAUAUGCUCUACGUCCAUCGCACCAUCCAUUGGACGGGAAAGAAUUUUAGCUGUGAACUCUGUGAUAUGAAAUUUAAAAAUCCGGCCGGUGUCCGAAGUCACAAACGCAAAGUUCAUGGCAAGAAAAUUACGUCGCGUAAGAGACGAACAAAUGAUUUUGUCGAACCGGUUAUCAAACAAGAGAAUUUGAAUGUUCAAUGAAAUGCACACCUUGACUGUACAGAAAGAUAUU